AUGAUUACAAUUAUCGGCUCGCUAAAUCUUGACCUAGUGACAUACACGAAAGAGGCUCCUAAAGCAGGUGAGACUGUACAGGGUGAUUUUUUUGAAGAACAUCUUGGAGGAAAAGGAAUGAAUGAAUGUAUAGCGACGGCUCGUCUUUCAACUGAAAAUAAAAGGAAUCAAGUUCGGAUGUGGGGGUGUCUUGGCGAUGAUCGCCAGGCAGGGUUAUUUUUGUCUGGGUUACGCUCGCUAAAUGUGGAUACAAGCCUUUUAAAGCAGAUUUCAGGCGUUAGAACCGGUACUGCUUCGAUAACGGUUGAAGAAACCAACGGAGAAAACAGAAUCAUUAUCGUGAGUGGUGCCAAUGGGCAUUUGAGGCCCUCCGAGGCAGAUUUGGCUUCUGCGUUCGACCCAAAUGCUCUCAAAGGUGAGUAUGUUGUGCUUCAGAACGAAUUUCCGGAACCUUCCAAAGUUAUCAAUUGGCUUGCCAAGAACCGACCAGAGGUGGUGAAAUUUUACAAUCCAUCUCCUCUAAAGCCGGAGAUGAUGGAUAUGACCAUUCUCAAUAAAGUUGAGUAUUUGAUUGUGAACAGAGGUGAGGCGUGGAGUAUCGUUAAAGACAUUAAAGGAGAAAACAGCCACCAGGGCGAUGAAAAGGACGAAAACGAGCUUUUGAUCUCAAGGCUUCGGGAAUUUUUAGACAAACCGACGUUGAUCGUGACACUAGGAUCAAAGGGAUGCAUAUACAGCGUUUCCGGACAAAAGCCGGCGGAAUACGGGUUUGUUGCAAGCAGAAAAGUGACAAAUAUUGUUGAUACGACUGGGGCAGGAGAUACAUUUUUAGGAGCGAUUGUUGCACGACUUUAUGAUGGUGCAUCGAUUGGGGAAGCACUCCAAUUUGCAACCGCAGCUUCAUCGUUGGCUAUUCAACGCAAAGGAGCAGUGGAAGGAAUCCCGAUGUACUCGAGUGUGCAUGAGAUAAUGGACUAG